UCUCGGGCCAAGCCCAUUGUCGGCCCGUUGUUAGCAUGAGUCCUGUUGGGUUUUUUUAUUGAUAAGUUGACCUUUUUACUUUCGCAUUCAGUAAGUUGAUCUGUAUUUCAUGUUGGCUUUUUUGCUUACAUUGUGAAGCAGGUGCUUCAUAGCGAUCUCUCUCCGUUUAUUCGCCAUGCAUCUGUGGAGAGAACCAAUUGUGGUAAAUUGCCCUCCUCAAGGACACAAACAGCCACUGUGGCAUGUCAUUGCGACUGCUACAUGCAAACAAAUCGGGUUGUCCCGUCCCUGACACUACACCCAUUUCACCUACCCACUUUGACAAGUCUGUCUAUGACCGUGAGCACACGCACAAAAAACCCCUUUAUUAUAAUUACUCAAACCUCAGUACACGUAGUAGGUGUGUCACGGGUCACUGAUUUGGUUCUAAAACCCAAACAGGAAAGGAGCGCAAACCAUGCAUGGAAAUACCGAACUAAAAACACAAUACCUUCAGUACUUGUCUGAAUUAACGUGGGAAGAUAUUUAUUUGCGAAGUGUAGGCCUAAAUAGUAUUAAUAGAAACGCCUGUAUUACUCACGACCCCUCCCAUAUUAGCUGAAAAUAAGACAAUCUCAUUGGGGGACCUCCUAUAUCGGCAACUAAAGGUUUGGAUCCUGUUAAGUAGCGGAAUCUUGUGGAGAUCGUCAGCACGUAAAAUCAUGGACAACACGAGUGGACCGAGUGGAAUUGCGAACGGAUCGCAAAAAUUCGUCACAGUUGAAAAGGACAAAGUUAUGAAAGAUGUAGCAGUUGUCAGCCUGAACCGCGGUCCAUCGAAUCUCCUGAACAGAAAGCUGCUACGGGAGUUAAUCGGGAUCAUGGAUGACAUCGAGGCGAAUAAAAGCUACAGAGGCGUCAUUCUAACAUCAUCAGUUGCCCAUGUAUUCUGUAGCGGCCUGGAUGUGAUGGAGAUGUACAGAAAAAGCUUCGACCAGUUCCGGGAUUUCUGGAAGUCUCUUCAGGACCUGUGGGUUCGGAUAUACCUCUCAAGACUCGUCAUUAUUGCUGCAAUCAAUGGUACCGCGGUGGCAGGAGGAUGUCUGCUAGCCAUCAGCUGUGACUAUCGCAUCAUGGCCAAGGGACCUUACUCCAUCGGUCUCCCCGAAAAUGUCAUUGGUCUGGUUAACUCAAUCUGGGUUUACGAGACAUUAGCGAGGUUGGUUGGGCCCAGACAGGCAGAACUGAGUCUUCAACUUGGCCUUGAGUACCAAGUGAAAGAGGCAUCAGAGAUCAGGCUGGUGGAUGAAGUGGUUCACCCGAAGAAACUGAUGGAAGCCUGCCGAGAGGAGAUGACCAAAUGGCUUCGAAUACCGGAUUUUUCCCGAGUUCGAACCAAGCAGUCACUCCGCGAGCCCGUGGUCAUGAUGCUGCAAGCCAACCCCGAGGGCGACACGCAGAGCAUGUACAGCCACGUCAGCCAAGACGUGGUGCAGGAGACACUGACGAACGUUCUCAAGAAAUUCAAGCUGCUGGAAGCGUCAGCUAAAAAGUAACCUAAAAUGGUAGAUGCAGGUUUCGGAAAAUAUGCGUAGGUAUAGACAAGGGAUUGGAUACCUUUUGUAAAGAUAGUGACCCGAGGAUAAAGCGCAUGAGCCGUGCGCACGAAAUGCUGCAGUGGUAUGAGAGUCCCAACAUUUAAGGUAUUGAAAACUUUUACAUAUGCAAUACAAGAAGAUAGACUGGCAUCUGAAACAACCAGUCCAACACCCUUCACAGUACGUACUGCAUCAAUCAACUGUGCCAAAAGAAACAUCUGCCAUGU